AGGAGCUCAGGAGCGCAAGAGGGCCAGCAAGGACCUGGAGUCGGACAGAGGACUAAUCCAGCUGGAGAGGCACUUCUUGUCAUCAGCAGCUCCGGUCAUGUUCAACUACCUGGCAGUAGAGGUGAGACCCCAGUUCCACCGCAGCUAUGGAAGCCAGCAAGGGGUGUCCGGGCCACUGAAGAGCCGCCUGGAGCAGCUGAAGAAGCCGUGGUGGAGGGAAACCACCCCACUGGUGCUCCAGCACAGUGAAACAGCCCGGCUGGCCAUCGACGCCUUUCUCGAGCAGGGGGAACGUGGCUACAUGAGUGCCAUCACUGAGGAGAGGGAGCUGCCUUUCCUUUCCACCCUGGACAUGGAAUAUAUCAGCCAUCAGAGAAACCAAAGCGUUCCAGAUCCUAGCACCAUGAGAGACAAAGAGGCCGACCCUGGCGAUGCAGAUGCUGGAGACAGGUCCUCCCUCAACUCUGAACUGACCUCUGGCACCUACUUUCCUCUCAUGUCUGACGUGCACCCUCCGGAGCUGGAGCUGGGGUGGCCGGGGACGCCGCUCCUCACAAUGUCCGGCCAGACUCAAGCCACCGUGAUUUUCCAAAGAAACAAAGCCAACAGCAUUAAGGAUUUGCUCCGGUCUCUGAUCAGCCGGGCACGGACGGUGAUAGCAAUUGUGAUGGAUCUGUUCACAGACAUGGAGAUACUGUGUGACCUGCUGGAGGCCUCGAGCAGACGGCACGUACCCAUUUACCUGAUCCUGGAUGAAGAGUACUUGAAGCAUUUUGUGGAAAUGUGCAAUAAAAUGGCUCUUACUCAGGACAGCUUCCCAAACAUGCGCAUAAGAUGUCUGAGUGGAGACACCUACUACAGCAAAGCAGGCAAGAAAUUUGCAGGCCAGGUUCUGGAGAAGUUUAUCCUGAUUGAUUGUGACCAAGUUCUUGCUGGUACAUACAGUUUCACCUGGCUUUGUAGCCAAGUCCACACUGGCCUGGUGACCCACUUUCGUGGUCAAAUUGUUGCCGAGUUUGACAAGGAAUUCCGGUACUUGUACGCAGAGUCCCGCGCAGUGACCAGCUUCCGUGUGCCAGAUCCUGGAACGUGCUCCUCUUCUCAGAAUACCUCAAAAGUUGCCAACUCCCUUUUAAAACCCCCACAGGUGAACGAUGCUGAAACCUUGAGUCCCUCCAGCAGCCUCUCCAAUGUAAGCAUCAGAAGCAUAAAAAUGUCUCCCUUUCUAAAAAACUCCAGCUGCAACGUACACCAGGAAAAGCAAGAUUCAAGCUCUGAUUCUGGGAAUAAGAAGGGGAAAGAAGACACAUCUCUGAAGCCGGCUUGCCCUAAGCAGCAAGGAGAACCACCAGACUCACAAAACAAUAAACCCAAUCCAGCCUUGUAUCACAAACCAAACUUCAUGACAGCAAGGACAUUCUUGCAGCCGGAGCCUUCCCCUGCCCUGAGCUCCAAUAAACCUAGUUAUCAAGGGGACAAUAAGGCAAACAGCAGCCAGUGCUCCCCCCAGGAGCCGACGUUGCAGUCCCUUUCCGAUGGUGCCAGUAGCAAUGGGACGAGCAUGAAGCAGAAAGGGCCUGGUGUUACCUCCAGGGAACUGACCACAGAAAAUGACAACAGUUUUUACGGGAUGGAAAAAAAACCGAGUGCCGGACAAGGGAAGCUGGACCUGCUGCCCCCAUACAGCCAGCUAAAACGAGAUAAAAAGCCUGUAGUUCCUUGCUAUGACAAACUCACUGAGGACGUGCUGAUGGAAAAGAACAGCGCAUACGGGGCUGAGAAAAGAAUGACUCUCGGACACAGUAAGCUGGACCUGAUCACCAAGUACAACAAGUUAAAAUCUAAACAGAUACACAGUCGGUUCGAACUCUGACCUGGGCCUCAAGGUGUCCUUUGGUCUUAUUUUCAAGUGGCUGCUUUUCCCCAACAGUCAUCAUACCUGGGGUAUGAAAUCAAAAUACGGGUGGCAAAUUAGUCUGAUUCCUAUUAAAAGGUGUCUGUGCUGUUUCUAAUAUAUGCAGAUGACUGAUUCAGGUGAGAUUAGCAAGUACAGUUCAAAUUUUCAAUUACAAUAUCAUGGAAUCGUCUGGGUUGGAAGGGAACUUUCAGAUCAUCUAGUCCAAUCAUCAACCUAACUCUGAUAAA